AUGACAAUUAUAAAAAAUUCGCAACAAAUUUGCCAGCAAGCUGCCAGCUUCGGUAAUGCAAAAUUAGAAAAGCCCAAACAACGGUUACAAUUGUCCGAGAUAAGCUUUCUGAACAUACCAGAGGAGAAAAAACCUAAGGCGUGCUUGUGCGAUGGCGAGCUUCCAGAUUUAACCGCUCUGCAAACUGUCUCUUGCAACAGUUCCAGCCGUUCGUUGCAAGACAUCCACUUUGAAGCCCUUAAAUGUUUUACAAAAGGCCAAUACGAAAAGGUUAUCCCUCUCUGUAAGGCAGCUGUAGAAGAGUUGGAGCAGACAUGUGGCCACUAUCACCCGAACGUUGCGACGAUGCUGACGAUUCUUGCGCUGGUCUAUCGUGAUCAGGGUAGAAACAAGGAGUCUGUAGAUCUGUUAUACGAAGCCAUGGCAAUUCGCAAGAAAACUCUCGAAAGACGACAUCCUGCUAUGGUCUCAACUUUCAGUGCCCUAGCUGAAGUGAAUGGAAAAUGUGGCAACUGGCAGGAAGCGGAGCGAUUCUGUAGGAAAGUCUUAGACAUUCGAGAACGCACAUUGGGUUCAAAUCAUCCGGACGUAGCCAAGCAAUUUUACAACUUGGCUUUGCUGUGCCAGAAGCAGCGAAAAUACGACUUAGGGGUAGCCUAUCACGUGCGAGCAUUACAGAUCUACCAAACGGUGUUGGGACCAGAUUCUAUGACUGUUGUAACCAUCAGAAAUAGCUUAGCUAGGUGUUAUCAAAAGCAAAGAAAGUUCAACGAUGCAGAAACCGUGUAUAAAAAGGAAUUGACCAGGAUACAUGAGAUUAAAUUUGGCCCUAUUGACGAUAGUAAUAAGCCAAUUUGGCAAAUUGCCGAGGAACGCGAGAACGACCGAACAAAGCCACGUGACAACACACCGUAUAGUAUUUACGGCAGCUGGCACAGGAUCGACCUGGUGAAUACAUUGACGGUUUGGACUACGUUGGAGCGUCUUGCUAAGUUAUACAACAAACAGGGCAAGAUGGAAGCCUCGAGAAUACUGGAGAACUGCGCCAAGCGGAUGGAAGCCACUAAUGUCACAUUUGUGGCAGAACCGAGGCCACGAAAAAGUAAAAAGAAUCAUAAAAACAAAAAUUAUAAUCUGCCUGUGAUUAAUAGAUUAAGGCGUGAGAAACAAUACAAAUAG